GCUUGAGCGUUAGGUUGCGCGAGGGCUGCAGUUUCAGUUUGUUUUAUUCACCAUUUUGUGUAGCUGAAGGUAAAAUAUUAAAGUAAAACCCUUUCAGCGCAGCAGAGCUUUCUACUCGUUUAAUUUACUUUUACGAUUCGGGGAAAAGGGGGGCGUUGGUGUUUUUUAUGCGACGUUACAUUGAGUCUGUCAGUUGGUAAACCUAUUUUUUAUUUUCUACCCUUUUUUUUUCCUUUAAAAAAAAACCCUUCCACAGUGUUCCUGCAAAAAUGUCAAGACCAGUGAGGAACAGAAAGGUGGUGAAUUAUUCACAGUUCAACGAAUCUGAUGAUGCAGAUGAGUACGAGCGAGGCGCAGACAAGCCCAAGAAGAUGCGUGCAGCGCCGCGUGAAAUCAAGCACAAAAAGUCCAAGAACUCACAGGAGGAAAGUGAGGACUCCGAUGACAAACUCUCCAAACCUAAAAACGAUUCAGCAGAUGAUUUCGGUAGCGAGGAAGAGAACGACUUUGGGGCAGAAGAGGAGGAGGACGAAGACGGAGGAAGCGAUUAUGAAGCCAAAAAGGGGAAGAAGGGGAAGAAGGGCAAAGUGGAGAAGCCUAGUAGAAGGUCACUGAAGAGGAAACGGGAUUCAGAUGAGAGUGAUGAGGAUAAGGAGGUGAGCCGGAAGCCCAGGCAGGUGAGACAAGCCGCCUCCAAGGCUGCGUCCAAACAGAGAGAGAUCCUGCUCGGGGACCGAGGGAGCGAGGACGAGGAAAAAGACGAAGAUGAGCACACCUACGUGGACCAAGAGUCCGGUAGUGACGAGGACUUCAUGGUGGAUGACGACGACGACAGCGACUACGGCCAUUCCAAAAAGAAGGGCAAGAAAGUGAGCCAGAGAGGACGCAAGGUGGAAAAGAAGGAGAAGAAAUCCCCCAAGCCCAGACUAAAGGCCACGGUCACCCCGAGCCCCAUGAAGGGAAAGGGCAAAGGUCGCCCAAGUGCGGCGAAGGCCCUGGAGAAGUCCUCGCCUAAAGAGGAGGAGGAGCCUGAGAGUCCACCAGAGGACGAGGAGGAGGAUGAGGUGGAGAAGAAAAGCUCGCCGCCGCCAUCAGCCAAAAAGAAGAAAAACACCCCCGAUGACGAGGAAGACGAGGAAGAGGAGGACGGUUCAGAAGAAGAUGCACCGUCUGGAGAAGAUUAGCCGCCUUGCGUCUCAUUCGCUCUCUCUCUCUCCUUUCUUAUUCUGUCUUUUUUUUUUUUCUCUCUCUCUCCUUUGGAGGGUUUUUUUUUUUUUUUUUUUUUAAUUUUGAUUUCUCUGUGGUGACCUGGCUUUUUUUUAAAACGUACAGUUUCUGUAAACCGUAAACAUUGUCCCUGGAGGUGUGUGUGUGUGUAUGUAUGUAUGUAUGUGUGUGUGUGUGUGUGUGUGUGUGAGAGAGAGCGAGAGAGAGAGAGAGAGAGAGGCAUUUGUCUGAGAAUGAUGGAUUUGUCUUUUUGUUUUUUUAUUUUAUUUUUUAUUUAUAGGUAAGAACUAUAAGAAAAGCCCGACGCUCCUCCACUGCUAACGGGCUGCUGCUCUAACGGUUCUUCUUGAGUUCUGGUAUCAUCUCCACAUAGUUCCUGGUGUUUCCACAGCAUUGGUCCCGGUGUUUUUCCUGCUCUAACACACUUGCCUUGACUUUUUUUUUUUCUUCUCCUCCUCCCCUCUCUUCCCCCAGCUCCUUUCAAGUGGUAGAAACACACACCUACAAACAUUUACACAUUUGAUCAUUUUAUGAAUUUGGAAUGUUUGAAAAGUUGCGUAACUGACGCCUCCUGGAAGCACCGCCCCCUUCUCUGCCUCUCAAAUUAAUAAGCUUUCAGCUGGUGCUUGAUUUUUUUCUUUUUCUUUUUUUCUUUCUCUCUUGAAAGAUGCGUUGAAGUUUUCUGUCACAGUAAACAGAGAGUGUUUUGAGUCCAUAAAUGUGAAAUAAAUCUGUGUGUGUGAUCGACUUAGCUAACGUUAGACAAAUAUAUAUUCAGUAGGGAUUCCGUUGCCAUUUUUGACCAUUUUCAGCCGAAAUUUAAAUCAGACUUCGAGGAGGCUUUAAUGCUAAUUGGCGCGUGUGUGUGCGCGUGCGUGUGUGUGUAUACAGGGUUUUACAGUAAACUCCCCCAAAGCCAGUCCGUACAGGAUUUCGCUUGUGAUUGUUGCGGCCAAAAACGCUUGAUUUUUGCUGUGGAUUUUUUUUUCUUCAAAAUUUGUGAAUGCGACUUUCAGGUCUUUUUGCGGAAAAGCUUGAUUUCGCUCGACCUUUCGCGGUGAUGUUUGCCGGUAAAUGAAACUGUUUAGCUGUACUCGUGUUCGACGCACGUGAAUCGAAGAGGCCUUUGUCUGAACGUCACAGCCCGAAUCUGCAGUAAUUUCUGAAAAGAUUGGCGUUUGCUUUUGCGUUCAUCUCUGCGAUCGCAAAAUGCAGGAGGGACCGCCACAAGCUACAGCGAUGAGCCUGUAAUCGUAAUUUAGCACGCAAACAACCAGCUUAUAUUUACUGACUCGCAGGGUUGCCAGAUCAUACAAAUCACAGGUGUUUCAAAAAACGAGUUGAUUUUUCAUAGGUAUAAUGAAAACAGUGUUUUAAAAUAUCGACCUACAAAACGUUUCAGGGCCUUUUUAAAAAAAAAAAAGAAGAA